AUGAUAUCUCAACUCGGCGCUGCCUGGCUUUUGAGCCAUACUGUCUCUGGUGCUCUGGGGCUGUCGGUCAACGUGCCUACGACCCCACCGGAGAAUGCCAGCAAGCAGCUCUCCGCUGCACCAGUUGGUGUUUCCCUGGAGUUCUUUACUUUCCCAGGAUACAUGAACGAUGUUGCAGCGACAACAACCUGUCUUGAGAAUCUGAAAGACUUGACUGGGAUAUGGCCGCCCAUGAGAAUUGGCGGGACUACGCAAGAUCGAGCAACCUAUGAUGCCUCCUCUCCGAAUGAUGUUACCUACUCUGUCGAUGAUCCCGCUGAUGCGCCGGAGACUCUGACCUUCGGUCCCUCGUUUAUAUCCCUGGCUUCGGAGUACGCUGGGAGUGUUGUGCUAGGCCUUAACCGUCGAUUAAACAAUAUCGAGAACACCAUUAGCGCUGCAGCUCUCGCAGUGAGCGAGAUGGGGAAUUUAAAUGCAAUUGAGCUGGGAAACGAGCCAAACUUCUUUGGUGACAGUGACCCCAUCGCCAACGGUGCAUCCUGGACCGCAGCAGCAGACUACGCCUCCCAGGUUCAAUGGCAAGACGCAGUCUGUGGGAACCUUUCCGCCACGGAAUUGAUAUCGGCUGGUGUAUAUUUCGGCACAUCGCCCAUGAGUAUUCAGGAACUGGUACAAGAGGAAGGAGACGCGAAUAGCUACGUGAAGGAUUUCUGCUCUCAUAACUAUCCCCAGUCCUCACCGAAUUACGACCUGGCCGCAUUGAUGAGCCAUAGUGGGAUUGCGUCCCAGAUUGCGCCUUUUGCUGCUGAGGUUGCUGCGGCCGCUGCGGCUGGAAAGCCGCAUGUUUUUGGGGAGACGAAUUCUGCCACGCAAGGAGGCGGUGGUAUCAGCCCGACAUUCGGAGCGGCACUCUGGAUCGUGGACUACGUGAUGCAGCUGGUCACCAUGGGCACCGAGGCAAUUUACUUCCACCAGGGAACGAUCGGAAACUGCCAGUACUGCUGGUGGGGACGGUACACCACCGGAGCGCCGUACUACGGGGCAUACUUCGCAACGAUGGCACUGGCCAACGCGGAUAAGAUCGCGCCGUUGGAUGACCAAUCUACUGCGUACGCUGCGUACGCGAUCUACGAGAAUGACAGUCCAGUCCGCGUACUGCUUUAUAAUUCCGACUACUACACCACCGGCACACGACCUUCAGAGACCUUCACGCUAUCCGGCUUGACUUCAUCCACUGUUACUGCGAAGCGGUUGACUGCGGCGUAUUCUACCUCUCGGGUUGAUGAGGGCGAGAGUCCGACCGUUGCAGGCCAGGCGUUUGGGAAUGGGGAUUGUACCGUUCAGGGAACGGAGAGUGUUGAGACGGUGACGGUUUCUGGAGGAGAGGUCACUUUUACUCUAGGUGCUUCUGAGGCACUGUUAGUUUAUUUGUAG